AUGUCGAACGUUACUGUGCCUACAAAAAUUGUAAAAGAUGAAACCGAAAGAAAAAAUGGUAGACCUUUUUUUAAUCAAAUAUCUAGAUACUAUUCUGAAUUUAUGAAUAAUAGUACCAUACAUGGUCUUAAAUACAUGGUGGGUAGUGACAAAUCGUUCAUAGAAAAGAUCUGGUGGAUCUGCAUUUUGUCAGUUUCCGUCUAUUUUUGUGCAGUUCUAAUUAAACUGACUUGGCAAAAGUGGGAAGAAAAUCCAGUUGUUAUAGGACUUAGCCAAAAGUCGGUACCUUUGUGGAAAAUACCUUUUCCAGCAGUCACUGUAUGUUACGGAAAUUCAGAUAAAAGAUUAUCAAUCUUUUCAUUUCUUAGUCCUAGGUUCCAAGAACCGCCAGAGCCUUGCUUCCCCACUAACUUAGAAUCGGAAUUUGAACAAGAAAAUGGUAGUGAAAUUUUGGAAAAGAGUGCAUUUUCUGUAGACGAUAUUUUUUCAAAAUGCUCCAUAGUAAAGUCUGGUUUUACCUAUAACGAGAUAUGUUCUCGUAAAUUUUCACCAGUUAUUAAUGAAAUGGGACUCUGUUUCUCCUACAAUACCUUGGAUAAGAAAUACAUAUUCAACAACAUUACCCAUCUGCCACGCACUGAUCUUCAGCAACAAAAAAUUAAAUUUUGGACAUUCGAUGACAAUUAUCGAAAAAAUGUCCAAGACGUCUACCCUGUUCGCUCAGUAACAACUGAAUCUUACAUGUUCUUCUCUCUCAAACGCCCUCUUAAAAAAUUAAGCUGUGAGAAUGCCAAAUUAACCGUCAUUCUACAUCACCCUGCAGAAAUUCCAACACUUGUGAAACGUCCCAUUUACAUCGAAAAGCGUGGAAGUUACGACAUUGGAGUCAAACCAGAAAUGACAUUUACUUCCAAUGACUUAAAAUUGUAUGCUCCACGCCGAAGAAAAUGUUUCUAUUCAUACGAACGUCAACUGCAUUUUUUCAAAAUUUAUAGCGAGGAGUUGUGUAAGAUUGAAUGUCUUGCUAAUUACACUGUACAUUUUUGUGGUUGUGUUCCCAGUUACAUGCCACAUCACUGGCUUGAAUAUGAAUCGGGUUUUUUAAACAAACAUCCUGGUGUAAAACUCUGUGAAUGCUUGCCUUCGUGUACUUCAAUAAUUUACAGAGCAGAUGUAAUUCAAGCUGUAGACUCGGAAGGAUCUAACGAUGACACAGUAAAUAUAAGAUUCAGACAGUCGGAAUUCAUGGCUAUGGAACGACAAGAAUUAUUUGGUGAUGUUAAUUUUUGGGCCAGUUGUGGUGGACUUUUAGGGUUGUUUACCGGAUUUUCGGUCAUGUCUUUGGUGGAAAUAGUUUAUUAUUUGACUCUUCGAUGGAUAAUUGUUUUGGGGAAGAAAAUCUUGCAACGUUGCAAUUUUUAA